UCUCCCGUCAAUCGGUUCAAGACGCCAGGCGUCCUAAUAUAUAUCAGCUUAGGCGUCUUGAAGCCCACCUGCGCUACUCUCUUCAUUACCUAUCGCAAUCUGGCCAUUCCAUUAUCUCUCGAAGGGGUGUUCGUGAGCCAGCGGCAUACCAUCUCCGAUAGCACUCUCGUGCAGCGCACUCGCACCAGUCUGCGCAGUGAGCGGUGCAAUCAGCUAUCAUGGUCAACUUCCAAGCUGUCGCUGCCGCCAUCGCCGUCGCGGCCUCUAUUCCAUACGUGAGUGGGUUGCCAGCGCCCGCCUUCACACACCCAGUCUUCAGACAUGGACCACACGUCUCGAAUAACUCUGUACACCUGCCUGGUCCAACAUCAAAGCCUCACACGACAAAUGAACCCAAGGCCGCACCAUGGAUAAUCGGAUCGAAAGAACACCGUCAAGCGCUGCUUGACGGCCUUCUGAUUUGGCAUCGCAACGGUUGCGCCAAAAAGGAUCCAAGCAGUCAACUCUCGCCACUCACCCAGGACUCCGGGUGUGCAGACUUGUACAAGGAUCUGAAGCCGCUGCUAUCCAGCGAACGCGACGAUGGGUCAUUCUACUUCCCACAAGGCUGGCCCAGUAACUCUACAGCCCCGAAUUGUGGGUCCAUCCAUGCCAUCAACACCGAGGGAAUCAAGAUGAACCGAAAUUGGCAUAAGCAAACCCUGAGGCUCAUCAAGCAGAGAUUGAAGCACGCUUCAGGACAGCUCCAUCCUUCUUCCCGUAAGGAAUCUCGAAUGCAUCCUCCUGAAAGGCUGAUGACCGGCGGCACGAGGGUAGGAAACGCGAAUGUGGCUUCGUCAUCGUCUGAACCUAAGGCGCCGUACAACAUUGCAACGCGCGAGCGUGCUGGUGAGAUAUCCAGAGCUGUUCUGAACGACUGUCUCGAGAAUCAGUGGCCACAUCAUGUCUGUGUUGCAAUGGCCGACAGCUUGCGCGACGGCACUGGUCCUCUGUUGGCCGCCGGCCAUUCCUACAACAAGAUGCAAGCCUCAGGAGGCGGAACCAAUUUCAUAGCGAAGCUCAUACAAAUUAUUUUCGGCUGGCUGGUCAAUCCUGACACAUGGAAAAAGAACCACCACGCAAGCAGCAAGGCCAGCAUCUCAGCGGCACUUGCGCCUUGGGUCGCACACACCGCCGAUGCUCCUCCAGCUCCAGCUUCUCCGAGCGGCAACGACACCUCGACAUCAAACAGCACAAGGCUGGAGCCAAAACAGCCAAAGGAUAUCAACUAUGCCUCCAAGAUCGCGAACAUUCUUGAUGAGUACGCCGAAGGCAUGCCAGGGCGAGAAUUUGGAACGUGGCCUGUUUAUUUCACUCCGCUCUUCGACCAAUUGAAAAUUGAUGGCUACGCAAAUGGCACUGCUCGAGGAAACCUGACCGCCGAAGGUAUGAAGGCUAGGGAGGAGACGUAUACUCCGCUGGCCAGGACGCUGCUCGCACAGACAAUUUUCUACCCGUCCACCGAGUGGCUUGGUGGCGUCAACAUCUUGUUGCGAGCCAUGGAGAUCGACGGCCUCGUGCGUGACUUGCGAGGCAAAGCAUCUCACUCAAGCUUCAACAAGAGUGUGAUCCCUUUCACCGAAUCCAGUCUCAAUUACCUCAACGAGUACGCAGCAAUUGUGCUCGAAGCGCACAAACACGACUAUCGUCUGGAUGAAACACUACAAAGCUUUCGGCCUCUUCUGAAGGAGCUCGACGUAGACGGGUAUAUGUACCCUGGCCAUCAUUUCAAGUCGGGGGAGACAAAAGUGGUGACCUCACUGCAACACAAGCUCCCAACACCACAGCAAGAGAAGUACGAUAAGUUGAUCCUGCAGAGCCAUCGGCAAAUGUCGGAGGUCAGACCGGUCGGGAAGCACCAUCUUCUGACGCCGUAUGUGCUUUAUCAUCACAUGGUUCGGGAUGAGGUUGCUUCGAGACAGGUGCUGAACGAAUUGGAGCUCCAGUCCAUUCUCCUUUGAAAUGUUCCUUUCACUCGCUGAGUGAAGUGGCCCACGUGAUCAAAGAUGGACAAAGUCGACGGGAUGCUCGGAGGCGUUGUUCCCUCGAUGCA